AGGGCGGAGAGAAAGGACAGCUGCCCGGCCGCCAUCCACGGCGAGCUCCGAGAAGUGCGCAUGCGCACUGACCCCAGCGGGCCCUAGCAACCAGAGCAGUGACAGUAGCAACCGCUGGAAUGGCAAAAGCAACAACAAUCAAAGAAGCCUUAGCAAGAUGGGAAGAAAAAACUGGUCAGAGGCCAUCUGAAGCCAAAGAGAUAAAGCUUUAUGCCCAGAUUCCCCCAAUAGAGAAGAUGGAUGCCUCCUUAUCCACACUUGCUAACUGCGAGAAGCUUUCACUGUCUACAAAUUGCAUUGAAAGAAUUGCCAACCUGAAUGGCUUAAAAAACUUGAGGAUCUUGUCUUUAGGAAGAAACAACAUAAAGAACUUAAAUGGACUGGAAGCUGUAGGAGACACGUUAGAAGAACUGUGGAUCUCCUACAAUUUUAUUGAAAAGUUGAAAGGGAUCCAUGUAAUGAAAAAAUUGAAGAUUCUCUACAUGUCUAAUAACCUGGUGAAAGAGUGGGCUGAAUUUGUGAAGCUGUCAGAACUGCCGUGCCUGGAAGACCUGGUAUUCGUCGGCAAUCCUCUGGAAGAGAAACAUUCUGCCGAAGGGAACUGGAUAGAGGAAGCAACCAAAAGAGUGCCCAAACUAAAAAAGCUGGAUGGUACUCCAGUAAUUAAACAGGAUGAGGAAGAAGAAAAUUAACACCAUAUUUUCCUCUUUGUGUUAACUUAUUUAAUUGUCAUGAGAACAGUAGAUAAGUUUUGUAUAAUUCUCUAUUUUAAAGAUUCUGUGUGGAACAGAAAGUUCUUAAAAGAAAUCUUACUUCCAAUUUUUUUUUUAAAGCUACCCAGUAUUUCUCCCCAAAACCACUAACACCAACUUUAUGUAGUCUAGUUCUCUUUUUGGAAACUAACUUUUCCACUUUUUGUCUUCAUUCUCUGUUAUAUACCAUGUGAGCCCAUCUAUUGAAAUGUAUAGAUCAAUGGUUUAAAUAGCGAAAGAACAAAUAUUGUUUAUUCAGUUUGUUUAGUACUUUUUAGGUCAGGCAUUUGAAUCUGUAGAAGGUCCCUCUCCCUAGGCCUCAGAAGUGCAAAGGUAUCGUGCCGUUGGUUUUGAAGGGAGUGUGGCAGUGGAAAGAGCGCCUCUUAGGAACACACAGCAGCAGUCCUGGAACCAAGACUCCAGCUGGAAAAAGCUGUGGUAUCAAAAGGAAGAAUGAGCAUCUUGGAGGCCUUCUAGCCCACACUGUAUUUAUUUGUUUGUUUUUCCAAAAAUGUGUAGAUUGUCAACUGGAAUUUAGUUGUGUUUACAAUCAUGGCCACUUGAGUCACUGUAUAUGUAUAAUCAGUUAUUCUGUGACCCAGUUCAGUGGUUAAAAUGACCAUCAUGGCCCUCCUUUGACCAAUAGUGUGGCCGUGUUAUCCAUGUGGACCUGGCCUAAAGCACAUUUUUUUUGGGUUUAUAAUUCCUUACAGUUUAAAGUCAGCAGCUCUCGACUAAACAUCAACCAUUGAUAUGCAUCACAAUUUGCCCCAAGAAUUUAGUCUCCUGAUCCUCACUAUUAUCGUUAGAAGGGUACAGACUUGAAGAUUGAAUCUGGUACUUCUCAAUAAAUGAAGGUUAUUUUCAAGUAUAUAUAAUACACAUAUAUUUCAAACUUUAUUUUUUUUUUUUUGAGAAGUUCUAAGUUGAGCAGCUCAGAAAGUGUAACGUGUAAGUGGUUGUGGAAGGAAGAGAGGAGAGAUGUUUCAGUGAGAUCCCAGACGAACAGCAGUAUGUUGGAGAACUGCCUCCUGUGUGAAGCACUCAGAUGAUUUAACUUCUGAACUGGAAAGCAAUAGUCAGGUGCAGAGAUUAGAAUUUAUAAUGUAAGAAAAAUUUUCUUUCUGGAAAAUGCAAGAUCAGUAAUCGGAUGAAGUCUAUAGCAGGUCAUGAGUGAUGCACUAAUAGACCACAAAAUAGAAGUCAGGGGUCUUCUGCCAAAUUGUGCCUAAAGUCUCUCCCCAGAGACUACUGAUUCUUAUCUCCCCAUCGAAUGAAAGAGGGGAGAAUCAUUUUUUAAAAAUGAUUGCAUAAGUAGUCCUAGGUUUCAGAAAUCUACAACUAUCACGUGAGAAUCACUUGAUUUCUCUAAGAGUCAUUCUUAUCAAAAGGGACCACUGCUUUGACAAUCAACUCUAAAUCCAAACAAGAACACUUGGUCUAACCCCUUUACUCUUCCUUUCAGUCUGAUAGGAAGAAGCCUUUACCCUGACUGGCUUUUAAAUGCAAAGCUUUCAGCAUUUCUUUGUGAACCAUGCUCCUCAGUGACAUGUAAGGCCCAUAAGCUGAGAGGGAAGGCGAUCUUCUGGUAGUUUGCACUUCAUCCAGUAGGCAAGCUUGAAGCCAUAUUGCUCCGUAUGGGCUCCGUAUGGGUAUAUUUUCUAAAAGUUACUCUGGAAGGGAAUAUUAUAGAAAAUGGAUGACUUUGUAUUGAAUUUAUUUAUGAAGUAGUUUACAGUUUAAGUGAUUUUUCUGAAUUUCUAUAACAUAGUUUUUUUUCUUAAUGUUUUUUAAUCACUGGUGGUUCUCAGAAAAUGGUGCUUUUCAGUGUCCAUUUUACACAAAAUUCACAUUCACUUGUAUUCAACAAAUAUUUGAAUGGCUUCUAUGGAUCCCUGUUCCUGGAAUUAAAGCCAGAAUCUGUGCAAUUAGAAAAUGGUGGAUUGGAUAUAUGAAGAAGUUCAGUACAGUCUCUCAAAUCAUUCUUUUAUCAUCCUUUAGUGCUGCACAUUUAGUUUGUAUUUGCUGCCUUUGUUUGAUGUCUCAGAUUAGAUAUUUGACCUACUUAAUAUGGAUGAUGCUAUGGUCCUGUGUUAGAGGAUCAUUUAAACUUCUUUUUCUUCUAGUACUGGGGAUUGAACCCAGGGUCUUUGCACUGAGCUACAUCCCCAGCCUUUUUAUAUUUUGAGAUAGGGUCUCAGUAAGUUGCCCAGGCUGGGCUCGAACUUGUGAUCCUCCUCUUUUAGGCCCCAGAGUUCUGGGAUUACAGGUAUAUACACCUUUCUUCUUUUCUUAUAAAUGAUGGCAGAGCUCUGGCAUCAGCCUAGUAUUUUAAUUCUUCACAGUAAACUUGAUUUUCAUCUACCAAGGAAUUCAGCUUUUCUAUUUUCUGUAAUUCUAAGCCUAUGACCAUAUUACUAAGUCAGGCUUGAAAGGUUUUUGUGUUCUGUUUAUAAGAUUGUGUUCCCUUAAACUAGAAGUUCUCAACAUUGGCACUACGUACUGGGCUAGCUAAUUCCUUGCUGUGGGAGACUGUCCUGUGUGGGAUAUUUAGCAGCAUCCCUAACCUCCACCAAUGGAUACCAGUAGCUCCUUCUCCCAGUUAUUACAACAAAAGGUUUCUCCAGACAUUGCCAUCUUACCUCUGGAGGAAAGAUGGGAACAGAUUCUCCCCUAGUUAAAAACCAGUGCUUUUUUCCCUCCGUGUUCCUUUUGUCCAGUGUCCAUCUAUUUUCGCUGCAUAGCCAUGUGCCAGUGGAGUUAUGUGAAAGAAGGACGGAAGGAAAUGGUCAGAGGUGUUCCUUUUUAUGUAACACUAAUUUUUGUAGGUUUUUCAUAGUAUUAGAAACUCAGGGCUAGAAGGUUAAACUUAUACAGUUUAUUUUAGCGGGGCCUCAAAUUUUAUUUCUUACCAUCCUUGCUUAUCUUAGGACAGUGUUUAUUAACCUACCUCUUUUGUUACUGUCAACAGAAUUCAAUAUUAUGGUAGAUUUUGCUUUGUCUCUAAAAUUUCAUAGUUUGAAGAUACUUCAGAAAAUGGAUCAUCCUCAUUCUUUACCUAAUAUGCAAACUUUUACAGACUGUGACAGUCAUUAAAUACAGAAAUACUGUGUAAAAUGUAUCCUGUUUAAAAGUUAGCUGAUGUAGACUUGAUUUUGAAUGUGAUCUGCUUAUUAUUACUGGUCAAUAACUUGUAUGCUUACUGAAUCCAUUCCAUGUAUGAAAACAGUAUGCAGCACUUACGCACGAUUCCUGUUUGGAGUUUUCUACUUGAAUAGGUGCUUCUUUUGACACUUUUUGCCAGUGAGUUGAAAGCAGAAUGAGGAGGAAUGGAAACUGAAUCAUGACUGUUGACUGAUUCUCAGAGUUGGUGAUGUAGAGUCUGAAUCUUCUACCUGGAUUUUUCUAAAAGCUAAGGGCCAACCCAGAAGAAUCGAAUUUAGUCAUUCACUUUAGAAAGCUGUAAGAAGUAUCAAAGCAUCUAUCACAGGUAGUUAAUGUUUCUCGGAGUGCAGUCAGAUCAUUGGUUCACUAAGACCUCACACAUCAUAAAUAUUGGUAAAGGAAGAAAACUGUUAACUGCAAGUUAUCCUUUAUGGAAAUUCAUUCCUUUGGCGCACACUUUCUUUAUUUGGGCCUUUUAAUGUGUCUAUAAAUAAUGAAACAAGAUUCAGUGUAGCAGAGUUGGUGACUAUGUUCUUUUUACUUUAGCAAGUCAUACGGUUUUCCUUUUGUAAAACUAUAAAAUAGAUGAAACUUAACCAACUAAGAGUUACAUUUUAAAAUCACUGAGCUUUUAGAAAUACCGUAUCAAUAUACCUACUUUUUAUUAAUCACUGACUACAAGAGGAGAAAACUAAAAGGAAAACUAGACUAAGUCUCAUCUUCUUCUGACCUAAAGUAAGUUUAAUACUUGACACUUAGAGAAGUCCUAGUCAGAUUCUAGGUUAUUUCCCAUAUUGGGCAGGCAGGUUAGAGGGGAACCAGCCAACCAAAUUAUAAUCUAGCAAAUUUAACAGGGGUGGGGGGGGGAGAAUAAACUAUUUUUCAGUAGAUUUGCACUUUAAAAUUCUAAAUGGAUGUUCAUGGAAAGUACUUCCAAAAAGCAGAUGGAUAAAUACCUAGCUUACACAUAGACAUUAGAGAAUCAAACCUCACCCUUGGUCAUUCUAAGCCAGCGUGAACAAUUGCUGUCUGUUGAUAUAAGCAGAAUCAGGAUUUCCUGAUUCCCUAUUUGAGUCAUCUUCUAUAUCUGCUGUAUCCCAGAUCAUCCCUCUGGAGGAUGUAUCAAGUAAUUCUCCUACUCAGACACUUUGUGAAUUAUCUUCCCCACACCCAAAUUUGUAAAACUAAUUUAGAUGUUGUCUGCAUUAAGUUGUUGCUAAAUUAUAUUGGUUAGAAGCACUUUGCUUCUUUGAUCAGUAGGAAGUACCUACCUCCAAGGUGCUAUUGCCUACAGUGAUCACUCCUAUCAAGACUGGUGAAUUAGACACAGAAGAGAAUAUGUUUGUAUCUCCAACUGCUUCUCCAAGAUUGUUGGCUAUGAUCAUGAGCUUCAUUCCAGGAUCUUUGGCUUUUAGAACCAAUUCCAUUCCAAAGAGCAUUUUAACAUCUAUUAAUACUUUGGUAAUAAUCUUUUAUACACAGGAAUUUUGUAGCAUGACUUUAUGACUAAAGUUACUGUGUUAAAUUAUUUAGAAAUGAGUUGUUGAAUGUUAUUUUGUGAGACUUGUUUUAAAAUAGUAAUAAAUGGUGAUAUUUUAUAAGAAAA